AUGCAGUCAUCUGGGCACAGGUUGCGUGACGUUGAGCAUCAUCCUCUGCUUGCCGAGAAUGACUGCUACGAUUCGCCGUCAUCCGAGUGCGACGCGGGGGAUCGCGUCUGGUUCAUCCGCGACAGCUGCGGGAUGGUCUGUGCAGUGAUGACCUGGCUUCUGGUGGUCUACGCUGACUUCGUGGUCACCUUCGUCAUGCUGCUCCCUUCCAAAGACUUCUGGUAUUCCCUGGUCAACGGAGUCCUCUUCAAUGGCUUGGCUGUGCUGGCAUUGUCUUCUCACCUAAGAACAAUGCUGACGGAUCCAGGUGCUGUCCCCAAAGGAAAUGCCACAAAGGAAUACAUGGAGAGUUUGCAGCUGAAGCCAGGGGAGGUCAUCUACAAAUGCCCCAAGUGUUGCAGCGUGAAGCCAGAACGUGCCCAUCACUGCAGUAUUUGCAAACGAUGCAUUCGGAAGAUGGAUCAUCACUGUCCCUGGGUUAACAACUGUGUGGGGGAAAGGAACCAGAGGUUUUUUGUGCUUUUUACUAUGUACAUUGCUCUGAUUUCAGCUCAUGCGCUCAUCCUGUGUGGAUUUCAGUUCUUUUCCUGCGUCCGAAAUCAGUGGAUUGAAUGCAGUAACUUCUCCCCACCCGUGACGGUGAUCCUGCUGAUCUUCUUGUGCCUUGAAGGGUUUCUCUUUCUGACCUUCACCGCGGUGAUGUUUGGCACUCAGAUCCAUUCGAUAUGCAACGAUGAAACAGAGAUCGAAAGGCUGAAGAGCGAGAAGCCCACUUGGGAACGGAGACUGUGCUGGGAAGGGAUGAAGUCGGUCUUCGGGGGACAACCGUCCCUGCUGUGGAUCAAUCCUUUCGCUGGAUUCCGAAUCCGGAGGCUCCUGCUCAGAGCCAAAAAGGGAGCACCUGAAUUUUCGGUCUGAGCCGGCCCAAUCAUGCUGAAACCCACACAAGGAGUGUAUUGUAUUUAUUGGGGGCGAGGCGGGGGAAAAAGCCGCCACCU